AUGCCCGCUCCCUAUUCAUCGCUGUACCAGAAUUUCAUCCGCUCAGGAUUAGCGAAAUCUGUUACCUACGGCUACGCCCAGUCCGUCGUUGCCGUAUCCCACCCUCACCUUCUUAACCAAAACCGACCUUCCUUUGGCCGUCGCCAGAGCCAUCGUUUCAGCCGACUCCAUACCCUUCAGUCCCAAGCCGCGUCCGCUUUCCAGUCGGAGAGACAGACUCUCGCUAGUCUCUCGACAGAUAAGCGCCAUGACCGUACACUAAGUCACGGAGGCCUCGAUGCCUAUUUCGAGGCACUCAAGGCCCGCGAGGCUGAAGGCGAGGAGGAAGGCAUCGAUGAUGAAUGGUCCCAGUUCCAGUUUCAACAGCGCAUCGAGUGGAAGCCUACACCGGCUUCCAUCCUCCUCGGCGAUAUCAAGGCUGGACCUGAUGGCCACAUUGCUGAUCAAGAUGCUGCCGCUGCUAGCAUCAGUCCAGAGGAUCAGGCCGUGCUCGCGCACAUUGAUGCCGCCUUAGAGGAGGCGAUCGAGGAACGUAGGCGAGUAGAAGCCUUGGAAGAGGCAUCCGAGUCGGUUGAACGAAGCGCGACACCAGGCGCCUCUGCCACUGCCCCCGUUUCUCGCACCCGCAGCCCGGCACUCGAUAGAUCGCGCACACCGGCGAGUGUUGCCCGUACCGCAACGUCACCGAUCCACCCCCAGGCCCGCACUUAUGCCGAUCAUCUCCUGUCCCUCGCCGAUGGCGGACGAUACAAGGAGAUCCCCCUGUCUUCGAGGCCAUGCUUGUUGCUGGCGUGCGACCCAUUGCCCCAGCAUACAAUGCCCUCCUCCGAGCCGCUAUCCGGUUGUUUCCCCGAUAGUGACACAUAUAAUAUCCUCGUUGAUCUGCUCGCCAGCCGGUCGCUUGAGGUUUCCCUGCUCAAAAAGGCACUGGAAGACAAGCGCGCCCGCUACGGCGGCAUCGAAGAGGCUGGGAAAUUCAUGUUCGCCUCUCAUGAGCUCGAAUUUGCCAUUCUCAGUGAGGAUGACCGUCUGGACAUCGCAAUGAGACUUUUCGACUCGUCCGUCACCACCGAUAAUGCCAGUUACUCAUCUGAAACGUACACCCAAGUCAUCAUGGCAUGCGCCACUGCCGGCCCGGCCACCCCAGCCGCGUCCAUAUUCCCUGCCAUGAUCACCGCGUUCGCCAGAUCGGGUGAUCUAAUUAGCGCUGUGGAGUGCUACAACGAGUAUCGGGCCCUGGCUAUCGCCGCUGAUUCGGGCGAAUCUGUCAUUUCGACUCGCCAGGACUCUAUGGUCUAUGCCGCCGUCAUCAACGCGUACGUCACCUGUGACAAGCUCGCUGGCGCAAUGAAGUUCUACAAGAGAAUUGUCGAAGAAUACGGUGUCGGCAUCUCCGAGAUCACCAGCGCCCUCGCCUCGAGCGGAUUUGUCGACGGCUUCCUUCGCCGCGGCAUCUUCCAGGAUGCCCUUCAAUGGGCCCUGUCUGUCGAGAACGAGUCCAAGCCGCAAAUUAUGGCCCGUGUUGCCACUGCAGCGGCAGACAAGGGCGACAAAGCGACAGCUGUCGCUGCCUUUGCUCACAUCCCUCUGGGUGCCGCGGAAAUCGCGGGCCCGGCUUCGGCCCUCCUCGCUCUGAGCUCCUUCAUCGAGCCCACUGUCAUGUACGCAGUCGGUCUGAUGCUGACUGGACAGGUCUCUGAGGGGCUAACUCAGUCUGAGAUCAUGUUUCAUAGGAUCCGAGCGUCCGCCUACCAUGGUGACGCACAAGUGGCGGAUGAGAUCGAGGAGGGCGUGUCCUACAUUGGCCGAUUCAUGGAGGGUCGCGGCAUCACGGACCCUCGUGAGGUUACCCCUCCUCCUUCUACUGUUUCUCCGGUGGCGGCUUAUGGCACUUCUCCGUUCCUCUCGACCCCCACUGUCAGCAGCUUUGAUGACUCCUUUGACCCACAUGCGCACAGCACCGAUUUCAAAGGCUCGUCUUUGAUCUCGGAUGAGUUGGAGGGCUCCCAUGGCCGCCGAGGCCCCCGUUUGAACGACGCGUUGAUCCGAUUCCGCAACAUUCGCCGUGCCGGUCGCCAUCCCCGAUACAUCACCUACGCAAAGCUCAUCUCCGCCGCCGCUCGUGAAAGCAAGUUUGAGCUUUGCAACGACAUCCUGGCUAUGGCCCGGAGUGAUGUUCCCCUCCUCCCGCAGUAUGCCGUUGUUCGAUAUGGCUGGUCUUCCAUCCUCGAUGCCAUGAUUGGUGCGUGCCUCAGCGCUGGCAACCGGUCCAUGGCCGAGAGUUUCCAUCAGGAGCUCCUUGGCAUGGGUGCCACCCCCACUGCUAACACGUAUGGUCUGUACAUCACCACGCUCAAGGAGUCUACCAAGACCUUUGACGAGGCCACCGAGGCCGUAAAGAUCUUCCACCGAGCCCGUGCCGAGGAGUAG